UUCAUAUUAGAGACUACCAUCUCCAGUGUUCGCCCACGGCUGCGAUCGGAGAGACUUCUUCUCAGUUCCUCUUCUCUUUCUCAAGGGUUGAGGCCAUGGCAGGUCCUGGACGAUCCAUGCUGUACUCACUUCUUCUGUUUGCUGUCACAUUCUCCCUUCUUGAAAUGUACAGGGGAAAAUUAGCAUCAUCUGAGUUGUUAACUAUUGCUGGUGGUUUUAUCAGCUCACUUUUGUUUGUCUUGCUGUUGACUUUCAUUGGAAAUUAUCAAGAAUCUUAUGGUGCCAGGACGGGAUGGGGUGCUGUUUUCCUGGCGGAAUUUGUAGCAUUAGUUGUUGCCAGCACAGUUCAUCGUGUUUGUAUCACUACAUGUUUCUUGUUUUCAGCUGCCUUUUUAUAUGAGAUUGACAAGCUCUCAGGAGUGAUGCUUGCGAAAAGCGACUCGAAGGUUAAGCGAUAUUAAUAAUAAAGAUGGUGAGCUGAACUGUUUAAUCUUAAUCUUGUUUUUCAUUAGCUUCAAGAAACGUUGAAUGAUGAGAUGCAAUGAGUACCAUCGGAAAAUAGAAAGAGACUUGUUCUAGUUAUUGUUUACCAAUGUAGAAGUUUUUUGAGUUAAAUUGAGAUUUUUUUUACUGCUUUUAUUCUUUUA